CUGCUUCACGCCCUGCGAGCUGUACCUCAAGACCCCCUGUUUCCGUGAGGCAUUUUGCUACGGGCCGCCCUCGGGUCGAGGAAGAGUAGAGAAACAAAGCGCCUCUAGGGCGCACAUGGACUCACGCUCCACCGGCCGGUGGGCGUGAGAGUAAGGCUAAGGCGGAGGACGGAGCUGUGCCGGGUGCAAAGCCGCUGCCUGGCGGAUCAGGGGCGCUGGCGCACUGCCUGCUUGGUGGCUAGGCGCUGUGCGGCGGAGGGCGGGGUUGCCGGAUCAGGGAGCGACGUGGGGGGUGGGGGGUGCUGGUCACUAGCUCCUCUCGGCCCCGUGCCGGGCGAAACAAAGGCUCGGUAACGCAGUUGCUACGGCGCCGUCGGUCGCCUGGUAACCGCCCGCUGCCUCUUUAUCCGGGGGCGUCUCCUGGCUGGGGGCGGGGUGGAGCUGAAGUCCCUAUGGGCAUCCGCUUGCUCUCUCGGCUGCUCGCCGAGUCUCGGAGCUAGUGCUGGUAUCCGCUCCCAUGCGGGCUUGUGGCAGUGGCGCUGCCAACGGCGUGGCUCCUGGUGGGCGGCCUCUCCGGGCAACGGGUCGCUUCCCAGCGAGCGCGCCCCGGCCCCGCCGGCGUUGCCCGGGAGCACCAUGAGUUCGGAACCGCCUCGCGCCUCGCUCCUCCGCGCCCUCUUUAAGAUGGAGCCGGCAGCAGCCGCCUCCGAAGUGCUUGGGGGAGCCUCGGAGUUCGUGAAAGAUCGAUUGUACUUUGCUACUUUAAGAAAUAAACCGAAAAGUACCGCCAAUACACACUACUUUUGUACUGAUGAGGAACUGGUCUAUGAAAAUUUCUAUGGAGAUUUUGGACCUUUAAACUUGGCAAUGUUAUACAGAUACUGCUGUAAACUGAAUAAGAAAUUAAAGGAUAUUAUCACACGUCAAACUAAGAGAUCUGCCCUGGUACACUGGUUGUUUCCCUGCACUCUUAUCUACAAUUAUUUCAGCCUAUCAAGAAAGAAGAUAGUAUACUAUACCAGUUUUGACCAGCGGAAACGAGCCAAUGCAGCAUUUUUGAUAGGUGCAUAUGCUGUAAUAUACUUGAAGAAGACACCAGAAGAAGCUUACAGAACACUUCUGUCUGGAUCUAAUCCACCCUACCUUCCAUUUAGGGAUGCUUCAUUUGGGAACUGCACGUACAAUCUUACGAUCUUGGACUGUUUACAGGGAAUAAACAAGGCCUUGCAGCAUGGUUUUUUUGACUUUAAGACGUUUGAUGUGGAUGAGUAUGAACACUAUGAGCGAGUGGAGAAUGGUGACUUCAACUGGAUUGUUCCUGGAAAAUUUUUGGCAUUCAGUGGACCUCACCCAAAAAGCAAACUUGAAAAUGGUUAUCCUCUUCAUGCACCUGAGGCCUACUUUCCCUAUUUCAAGAAACAUAAUGUCACAUCAAUCAUAAGACUAAACAAAAAAAUGUAUGAGGCAAAGCGCUUCACUGAUGCUGGUUUUGAGCACUAUGACCUGUUCUUCAUAGAUGGAAGCACACCAAGUGACAGUAUAGUUCAGAGGUUCCUCAACAUUUGUGAAAAUGCUGAUGGUGCCAUUGCUGUACAUUGUAAAGCUGGCCUGGGGAGAACAGGAACGCUGAUUGCCUGUUACAUAAUGAAACACUACAAGUUCACACAUGCUGAAGCCAUUGCUUGGAUAAGAAUAUGUCGACCAGGCUCUAUUAUUGGACCCCAGCAACACUUCUUGGAAGAGAAACAAGAAAUGUUAUGGCUGGAGGGAGAUCUCAUCCGAUCAAAGCAGAAACAACGAGUAGUUGAUGGAAACAUUAACAGAGUUCUUUGUGGUUUGAAUGACAUGUCAAUCAAUGACAGCCUGAAUAAAGUACAAGACUUGGGUCAAUUCAGGGAGAAUGAUUUUGAAGACAAAGCAGGUGUGGAAACUCAGAAUGGCAUAACACAGGGAGAUAGGCUUAAUGCCCUAAAAAAUCGGAGACAGCAGUGUUCUGCUGCAACCGGAGCUUUGAGGAUGCAAGACAUGAAACUGCACACGAGGUCAAUAUCACAACCUUUCAGACUGAAUACUUCAGGUAGCACAGAAGUAUCCAUGUCUCCUCUGAAGGCCUCCAAAGUGAUGGCAGUUAAUUCACCAUCUGCAGAAAGAAUAAGCAGAAUUCCCACAUCCUUGGCCUCUAACCUUAAAAGCGUUUCCAUAAACUCCAGACUAGCCAGUUCUCUAGGGAACCUGUAUGCUGCUUCAGAUGACGAUGAAAGCAAAAUGACAUCAUUGUCCUCUAGGACAGGUUUUUCUGUAAGCCAUAUCUCCAGCCACUUGAACAGUAGCUUGCAGCUGCCUCACAGAAAUAACCAUGAACUGAACAACAACUUAUACAACAGAAGCAGCAGUAGUGGCAACAACCUGAGCAGCCAAACCAGUUUUCACAGCACCGUGACAGAUGAGUAUGCAGCAGCCUUCCUUUAUGGGCCCUACAACUCCUCCAGCACCCUGCCAGAGUCAGUCAAUUCCCUCCCUUCGGUCUGAGUUUUUUCAGUACUAAAGCCUUGCUGCUUUGGUGAAACCUGAUGAGCUCUUAAAUUUGAAGUCCUUCAUGAAGAACUACUUAUGGAAGCUGCUCACUCUGAGGAGGAAUCUUCAAUACAAGACACGUUAAAACAUUCACACCAAGGAGAGACUUCUGAACAGGCAGAUAUUUCUUAUUAAUAACUACUGCAGAUGCACUGAUGUUGAAUUUAUGGAAAUUAUUAUCCCAUGUUAUAUACAGAUUUAAAUUUUUAAUAUUGAGACAGCUUGAAUAUAUUUCUAAUGAGUUUCAUUAGGACAUUUAUUAACUUGUGUACAGUGUUAACAUAUGUAUUAAGAGAAUAUUUUGGUAUGCAAUAUAUAUAAAAAUUAUGUGAAAAUUAGAAUAUUUUAAUUUAGUAUCCACUUUGCUACAAAAAUGUUUAUUUUAAAAUUUUUUUACAUGUUUAUCAAAGAUAUGCAAAUUUUUCAAUGAACAAGAUGUUUUUCUUGUUCUAUGGGUCCAUCAUCAUUGCUUAGAGCCUAAUGUAAUUGCUUUUUCACUAAUUGGCCUUCUAGUAACUUAAUGGAAGUCUAACUAGUGAGACUAGUUAUUACACGAUCAACUGAAAGCACUUGAUACAUAGUCUGCUUUCCACUUAGAGCUGCUAAUGGAAACACUAUGAAAGAAAAAGGGAAAAUAUUUGUUGAAAUGUAACUUUGAUCUUUCACUGCAAAGAGAGAAAGUAAUUUAUCUGAUGAUUCAGUUGUACAUUAAUGCUUUUUUUUCAACUUGUUUUAACUUUUAAAUGUAGACUGUUAAAAUUUUGCUAUGCAAUAUAUACUGCAAAAAGGCAGACCAAAUUUAAGCUGCUAAGGAUAUGCAUUGUACUAUGAAUUUGGCAGUGCUGCCUACUUACAUGUUUUCAACCUACAUUUGACGUGUCCAGUUUCAUUAUCACAGCACAUUAAAGUAAAUGUUGGAAAUACGUUAAACUUUCGUUUAUCCAUUGGAUGUUUCAGAAACCUUUUCAUUUGAAAACUGCUGUUAAAUGUAUAGCUAAUGUAACCUAUACCACAGAAUAUUUUGGUCACUAGUAAAGAUAGUUUUUAAAGUAUGGUUUAAUCAGGUGAUUAAGAAUCAGAAUUACAAUUAAGUGGUGUUACGGUGAAGUACUAGAGACCUCAUAUAAAAUUUCAGAACUCCGCAAGUGCAUUGUAAGCAAAGAAAUGUAAGGAGAUGUGAGGACUAGAUUUGCCACUAAUUUAGGAAACCAAAACAGGUUUGUUACCUAUGAGCUUUUUUCCCAAGGUCCACAGAAACUGGGUUGAAUUAUCAGUCUUUGUUCCUGAAGCCCUGUAAAUGCCCUGUAUUAGCUUUACAACCAAAGUGCCACAUUAUUUUCCAAAAAGACCAGAUCACAAAUUGCUAUGGAAAGUUGUAGUCCAAGCCCUAAUAAGCAAUACUAAGAGCAGCUGUAUAAAUGACUAAAAUUUGCAUACAAUGCUGUACUUUUUUUCACAACUGUGUAUAUGUAAGAUAUACACACACAAAAUAGCACAUGUGUGUGAAUAUAUAUACAACAUAGCUGUACAUGAAUUAUAGGAGAAUGGUAAUUCUACCUCUUAUAAAUAAUUUUGGCAUGUAUUUUGAUAUAAAUAAUUUUCCUUAAUAAAAUAUUGUUUAAUUUUGAAAUGUAGAUAUAUAUCUUUAUAUACAUACUGCUAAUUGAUAAUAAAAUGCCUGUA